UCCAACAGUAGCAUCAGUCGCUUCACAGCAAUCUAACAAACAAAUUUCACAAGCCUUUCAAACGUCAGAGUUCCCCACAAACCCCAACAAGCAUCAUGUCUGCCAAGAUUGUGAUCUGCCUGGUUGUGUGCGUGUUCGGUGCUGCUUCGGCUGGUGUUGUUCCAGUGGCAGCUCCUCUUGCUGCGGCAGGAGUCGUCGCACCAUACGCCACCUCCUACAACGCGCACACCGUCAACCAUGCGGUAGCGGCCCCGGUCGUUGCGGCUGCUCCGGCCGUCGUUGCUGCCCCGGCGGCACGCUUCGUAGCUCCGGCUGCUCCUGCUCUGGCAUACACUGCUGCGGGACUGCCAGCUUACAGUGCCUACACUGCCGCCGGUCUGCCAGGCUUCGGUGCCUACUCGGCCUACACUGGACUGCCCGCUCCGUACGUGUUCUAAGGCACGCGUUGAAGCAUACACAUUGGCGAGGACUGAACAUUGGGGUUCUGUCGAGAGACUGCUGAUCGUUCGUACUGACGCUCUCUUCCUGCAUCUAUGAUCUUUUGUAAAUACCGUUCUUCCUUCUUAACUCAAUUCUUGUCACGAUCAAAAUAUAAGGCCUUUUUAGAAGGAAUGUUCCUAAACAUGGACAAAUGCUUUACAUAUCUGCUAAGUGGAUCCGAAAACCACCUCUUAAAAGAAUUCUUGGCGUAUUAUUAUCGAAUUUGCUCCUUCUAGUACUCGUUCACAGAGAUCCCUUAUAAAGCCAACCCGAGUCGAGUGUCCAAAGUCAACGAUAAUUGCCUACUCAAUUUCCACUAAUCUAAUCGAUGUCGUACACCGACCAAUCGAACCAUUUUUAUCGAACGAACUAAUUAUGCCUAUUAUAAUAAUUAAGCUCAGUGAAUUCGCUCACACACACAAACUAACCAACCAGCCAUUGAUCGAUAAGGGCUCAAGCCCCCGAAACCGGCCCAACAGUCACGCUAGGGCUAGGGGUUUUUC